AUGAACAAACACGUAAGCGAGAACAGCCCUCGAACGAAUACGUCAAAAGACAUCAACAAAUUGCCUAAACCACACAACCCUCCACCGGUUUUCCCCUCUCUCAAUGAGAACCCGGGUUCGACGGUGCGUCCCAUAGGACAAUCACCGCAGUCUUUUGUGAAUUCACCAACCCGGCGUCCUACAGAACAAUCACCACGACUUAUCACUUCACCAACACCUACGCCACUCAAGCGCAAGAAGCCAGACAACCGUAUCGUUGAGAAAGGGGCGGACCGAAGUGAGAUGACUACGCCAACGAAGCGUCGCCGAACCCGUCGUACUGUUAUCGAUAGUAGCGACGAAGAGUCUGGGCUAGGCGAGAAGCCGCAUCAAGGCGCAAAAACCACUGGAGCCUCAAAGCCUAGAGAAUCUACAGCAUCACGACUAGUUUCCAUCGAUAGUAGUGAUGGGAAGCCAGAGCAAGGAGCGAGGUUAGGAUCUCGUCAGAAUUCAAAGCCCCCCAAAGCUCCAGGGAAUUACGGAGCUACGUCAUUAUGCAAUAUCGUCAAGGACCUCGCUUCGUUCCCAACUGGAGAGGUUGCUUACGGUGCUGAGCUUGCCGACCUACCAAUGCCUGACAUCGAAGUUCUCAACACAGGCGUCAUACGGUACCCGUAUGACGAGGAUCAGUUAGACAAAGCCAAGGGAUUUGCAAAGCAGUUGCGAGACAAUCGGUCCGGUAUUUCCUGGGAGAAGAUCAAGAGAACGCCGAUGUGCGAGCUGUACGACCCCACACGCGUCGCCAACCUCCUCAUCAUCCUCAACCAAGACUACUCCGGCGGCGAGAUCGCCAUCGGCAGCGACGACAAGGAAGUCUUCUUUGACCCAGCCGCAGCCAAACACCCCCAAUUCUACAUCGCCAGCCACAACCGCGCCAAACACGACGCCCUCCCCCUCACGCGCGGCCACCGCAUCGCCCUAGCCUACGACCUGCGCCUCCCCGACCCCCCAGACUCCCCCACCCCCACCCGCACCAACCACCCCGCGAAACCGCCCUCGGUACACGACCUCGUCACCAGCCUCACCGCCGCCGAAAACAACCUCUUCUAUAACAUCUCCUGCUGGGCCGAAGUCCUCGACGACAGCUACGUGGCGCCCCACGACCCGCUGUUAUUCGUCCUCGAGACCACCUACCCGCCGCACGAGAUGGCCCUGCCCUAUCUCUGUGCAGCUGACCGCGCCAAGGCGCUCGCGGUGCAGGCCAUGACUUGCGAGCGGUUCGGGGACCUGGACGUGAAAUACCGGCUACACGCGUACUUGGUGCAGGUGACGGCGGUGGUUAUGUUCUCUGGGGGUGGGCGUGAUGGGGUGGUGAUGAAGGUUAGUGCCUGCUACUUGUGCUACAAAGGGAGGACGCGUAGGCGUCUUGGUCUAUUCCUCACCGGUGUUACUUGCACGCUGCCGUCAGAGGUAUGUGUGCGGGCGGACCACAUGCAGACUGGGCGUGGGGUAUUUGCUGAUAGGGUUGGGUUAGCUGGAGCGGCCUUUGGCCCGAGAAAUAUUGCCAGACUUUACUUCGUUCCCCGAUAUCAUGAUAACGUGAUAUCCGACCGCGCCCAGCCCUAUUGA